UAUAAUGGCUUCGGUAAUUAGCUUAGCAAACGGUUCGCUAGUGAAUUUUACAACUAACAAUAGUGUACUGGGACUGGAUGAAUACAACUCAGAUAAGGAGCUAGCUGCUGUGGAAUUGUUCAAGAACUAUCCUGAGGGUCUGCUGAAGUUCGCUACAGUCUGCUGCGGGUUGUUCAUGCUGGUUGGCAUACCGGGAAAUAUAAUCACAAUCGUCGCUCUGGCCCGUUGUAAAAAGGUACGCAACGCGACCGCUCUAUUCAUAAUAAACUUGUCCACAUCCGAUCUCUUGUUCUGCUGUUUCAAUCUACCGUUAGCCGGUUCUACAUUCUGGACAGAGCAUUGGAUACACGGAAGAACAUUAUGCCGGCUGUUCCCGAUGGUGAGAUACGCGCUCGUCGCCGUGUCGCUCUUCACCAUUCUGGCCAUUACAAUUAACAGAUACAUCAUGAUUGCUUACCCACUACUUUAUCCUAUAUUAUACACAAAACGGAAGCUGAUACUGAUGGUAGCGACAAUUUGGAUAAUUUCCUUUGGUGCGCUGCUGGCAACGUGGUUUGAAGCUUGGGGUCGCUUCAGCUUAGAACCAAGUAUUGGAUCUUGUACCAUAGUACCCGACGAACACGGCAGAUCCCCAAAGAAAUUUCUGUUCAUAGUCGCCUUUUUACUUCCCGGUUUGGCGAUUAUAAUAUGCUACGCUCGUAUAUUUUGGAUAGUUAAAAAAGUAGGCAGAAAAUCACAACCAUCAAUUCGCUUGCGUCCCAGACCGACAACAGAGAUCGUAUCAACAGAGACACACUCGAGGGAUAUUUUGGAACACGAAAACAGACCGGCCAGUGUGCAUGUACCACAAAAAAUAUAUACUCAACGUAUACUUUGCUUGUGCACACCAAGUUCAGAGAAUUCCUCUUGUUCUGGCGCAGAGAGUUGCACACCAGAUGAAGCUGACCGAAAAAUGCCUUCAAGUAACAAUCGCUCUGUAGGCAGUAGCGAAACGAUUAGAAAAAUCAAAGUAGCAUUUGCAGGUAACAGGCAGCCAACAGAACCGAAACCACUUUUGCCCACUAGAAAAGACAAGAAAUUGCGUACAAUGAUAAUGGCCAUAAUGCUUGCAUUCGGCCUCUGCCAUUUGCCAAUAUCUGUAACGAAGAUCUUCCUUGAGUUCACUCCACAUCCAAUUUUAAAAAUUUUCAGUUACAUUUUAUUAUAUUUAACGACAUGCAUCAAUCCCGUAAUCUACGUAGUAAUGUCUAAUGAGUACAGGCAAGCAUAUAAAAAUUUAGUCACAUGUAGUCCACAAGUUAGAGAAAUGACAGAAUCCACAGGAAUGAGGAUAAUGAACGGUCUGAAUAAAUCUUUUCGACGAUCUGAAAGAAAAGUGAAGUUAAAAAAUACUCAAGAAGAUGUUUGAAUGUUCUAUAGUGUUUUGUUGUAAAUGAUGUGUUUUAUUGUAUUUGAAAUUAGAGAAACAAGUGAGAGCCGUCCGCAAUGUGCUAAUUUGGAGGUGAUGUAAGCGAUAGAACAGUGUGAAACAGUAGAUUUUUAGAUUAGGGACGAAGAAGUAUUAUCUUCGUAGCGUAAGAUAUAUCUUCAAAUGUAAAUAGACUUGUAUAUAGACAUAAUAUUAUAUUAAGAGUAAAAUGUUUUGGGAAUACAUCUAUCUUCCACAAAUAAUACGAUAUAAAUUUAAGAAUUUCUUUUAAAGAAUUGAAUCCACACAAAGAAUUUUGAAAAACGACUCUUGACCCGGUUUAUUUUGUUUACAAUUAUUAUAUUUAAAAAAUUAUAUAAUAAAAAGAACAUAAAAAAUACUUACUCGAAUAUAUUUUAUCUUAACUCAAUAUAAUAAUGCUCUGAACAUUGUCACGAUUUUCUACGGAUUAAAAAAUAAAUAGUUCAAAUUUAUAUGGCGUACCUACUAAAAACUUGACUUGUUUGUCUUUUAUGUGACAUAGUCAAAAUGAACGAUAUAAAUAUAGUUUAUUUUAAGUAUAUUCACCAAUUUAUAGUAAUUCCCUUCCUUAUAAAAGGAAUGAUCAACAGUUUCCUUGUAAAUUCAUUGCUUGAUAAUAUCCUUUCAAAAGAUUAAAAAACAUUUACACUAUAAUCAUCUGAGUCACUCGUUUGUACUUCCGAUUGGCGUUUGUUACGCUUCUGUAAUUUAAUAAAUAGAAAUACAUAUUCUUCGACAGUUUCAAUGUUUAAGAGCAGUAUCCAACUUCCACCCAUCAUUAUCUGUUGACGUAUAUACGUAUAUAUUUGUUAUUUAAUUCUUCGAAUUGUAUUUUAAUUGAACUGAGUUUGAGAAGCUUUAUUAUUAAUUACCUCUUUAUGACAUAUACUCAUAGUAACGGUUAAGAUAUAGGACGUAAUUAAAUGUGUUAUAUUGUAGGAAAUAUCGUAACUAAGUAUGAAUACUGUAAUAGUGAAUAACAGUCACAAAUGUUUUACAAGUUAUUAAUUAUACUUUACGGAAAUUUAAAGACGUUAGAGAUUUUAUUGGAAAUUUAAAUUGAUUAAAAUUUAAUAAUUGUUUAUUCACAAUUGCAGAAAUUUAAAAAAUAUAUAAUAAUAUAUAUUUUUUUUAAAUUUCUGCAACGAUAUUGUGAAUAUGCACGGACGUUUUUGAACUAUUUUUAUACUGUUGCGUAUAGUUUGCCAGUUUGCCACCAUGAAGGUAAAAUCAUUCGAUAUUGUACCGUGUUAUGAUAAAUAAAAUAACAUCCAAUAUCUUCGCGAAUUAUGAAUCAUUUUUAGUGAUUCAUAUUGAAUCAAAUGGCUCCUGCGUUAAUUCCUAGUAUGGUCUAGUAACUGCAUACUUACUAACUUUUAUCUUCUAAAUAUGAUGUCUUUUCUGAAAAAAAACUACUUUUUACCAAAAUUAUAAAAAAAUAAAGAAACAUAUAUCUUACUUCUCUAAGUGAUAAACUAAAAGCAAAAGAAUUAUUAUAUUUUCCUGUAAAACUUGUUACAUAUUUAAAAUUCAAUUUUAACGUCAGUAGAUUUCCGUAAAUCUAUUCAUUCCUAAAGAUGCGCUUACACGGGUAAGUUUUAAGCAAAUGCCCACCAAUUGUUUAUUAAGUUACUUCAUGUCGAAUUUUCAAUUUAAUCGGAUUAACGUAGAUGUAAUUUCGUCGAGAUUAUUCGACUAGUUUCGGAAUGCCUAAAACCCUUUUUCUUAUAUAAUUUACGUGAAGCCAAAAUUCAAAUGUGAUCUCUUAAAUAAGAGUCACGGAUAAUCCCGAAACUAGUCGAGUAUAGUCCACAAAAGUAGAAAGUCAAUCUGGUUAAGUUUACUAAAAUUUUAUAAUAUAAUGUGUGCAUACUAAAUUUAAUAAUAAAAAUAAUAUCGCCCAGCAUUGCUUUGGCGGUAUAUUCAUCAACAACUGUUAUAUAUUUUUUUAAUCAUCACAAUUAAGAAGUAUUAACUGGAUUUCCGCAAUUUAAAUUACCCAUGUGAGCGAACCUUAAUAAGGCAGAUGUUUGGUACAAAACGUACAAUAUCAAUGUGUGAUAUUAUUGUAAAUAAGAUGGAUGUCAAAGACGUAGAGUUUCGAUAUGAUAUUAUUGAAUCGAAGAAGGUGCUGUUUUAAACGCGUUAUUAUAUAAAAUAAAUACAUUGGUAUAUAAAUGAGCAGGUUUAAAAAAAAAUUUGUUAACGCAAUUUAUAAUUAUUUAUUUUACUUAUUGAAAACUCUCUUAUAAUAAUCUCAAUUUGUGCUUAUACAAGGUAAUAUCGAAACAAUUAGCAUUCUUAUAAAGGGCUAUUCUACUGAUGAUUCUGACCAUGUUUCACAAAAGAACAUGGGUCAAAAAAUGUACCGCCCAUAGCCACUUAAUACUAUGGCGUCCAACUGUCAACUAAGCUCCCAAUUUACAAAAACAUCAAACCUCUGAUAAAACUAUAAUAGAUAUUGAAAUAUUUAUUCCUUUCUUUUGCACAAAAUUCUCAAUUUGAAAGACAGUGACAAAUGAGUAUUACAGUGUAAUACUCAUAAUUAAAAUAUGUUUGUAGGACGUUUUAGUUUUUAUGAAUAAGAGAAUUAGUACAGAAGACUCAAUUUUUUUCGGUAAAAUAUACUCCCUUAAAAUUUUGCUAAUUACUUCUAUAUUACCUGUAUACAUUUUUUAUUAAAUUUCUAAAAGUAUAUCAAUUUCGCUGUCGUUAAUUUAAUAUAUUAAUAUUAUAAAUUAAAAAAAAAUCCUAUUAAUCUAGAUAUUCAUUUUUAGGCAGUACCUAUCUAUUUUUAUGAAUUGUAUAAUUAUAUAAAAAUAUAAGUUGUGAUUUCUCCAUACGAUAUAUCUAAUUGCGAAAUAGUUUAACUUAUAAUAAAUGUUAUAAGUAAGAGUUAAAUUUAUAAAAAUCAAAUAACUAAGCCUAAAAACGUAGCAAUCAUUCCAGGAUACAUUUGGGAGAUAUGGUUAAUGAUUACUAUAACAACUAUAGCAAUUUAUUUAAUAAUCUAUAAAUAUCUAAGUUAAAUUAAUGAUUAAAAUAAAUGUUUUGUACAUUAACUGUAUUGUAGAAUGAGAAAAGUGUUACUAGUGUUCCCAAAGAUGUUUGUAUGUAAAGAACACGAUAUUUCAUUUAUAAUAUUUACUUGGACAUUCAAUUGAGUAUGUAUACAAACGAGUUUUACUAUGAAGAAACGAUGUAUGGACUUGUUUUUUUGUAAGAUAUAUUUAAUUAUCGUUAAUUAUAUAUCAAAAUCUCUUAACAAGGAUGAUUAUGCUAUAAAUUACUGGGGAAUAGUUCCAUAAUUUUCCAUAAGUUACGUAUGGUAUACAUUCUAAUGGUAAUAUGAUUUAACAACCAGUUUUAUUUAGAAUCACGAAGCAAUAAUAGUUUUCAAGGUCUACAUUUGCUAUUUUUGUCAAGUAUAUGGAAAUAAGAAAAGAAAAUACUCGAAAACAGUGGAUAACUGGACAAAAACAAAUUGCAAAUGUUAUGUCUGUAAUAUUUUUACAGAAACUAGUGUUUUAAUUGUUUAUAUGACAUUAAAGUCAUUUGAUUGUUCCAUAUGAACUAAAUUAAGAAACUUCUGAGCUAGAGGAUAUAUACGAUAUAAAAGCAUUGGCAUGACCUUUUUUUCUAUAUAAGUGCAGCUCAUUAUUUUUAAUUCAUCUCACAUAUAUAUUACCUAUCUAAUAUUAAUGUGGAUUUGAUUAUAUAUAAACAGAACUUUUUAUAUGUAUAAUUUACAAUACAACAAAUCUAUUGGACAAGGAAAACAGGCCUGCAUUUUGCAUACAUAGAAUAUAUCUAUUGAACUAUACUUUUAUAUUAUUAACCUAAAUACCUCUUACCCAAAUAGUCACAUUCAAGAUAGAGGUUACUAUUAAAGUUACUUUUGAAUAUACAACGCUGAACUAGAUUAGAUAAAACUUUUUUCAGUUUUACAAAAAUUUAUGAUCACAGGAAAAUGAAAUUUAUUCUAAACUAAUUGAAAAUUAAACUCAUUAAACGUUCAAUUUAUUUAAACAAAAAACAGUCUUAUGUAUAUAUCUUCAUUGUCAGUCAAUAUCUAAUAUUAAACCACGUAAUAAUCAAUGGGAUAUUAAUUCUAUACAUCAUUUUUUCCUAUUUAAAUUUUAUUAAAAUAAUAUAAAAUGCAAUCAUCAAAUAAAUAGCAGAAUGUACUUUUACAAUGACAUAUAUGCUGGUAUUCGUCUUUUAUUAAAUCCAAGAAUGAUAAUAUCUAGGAAUUACACAUGCGUCAUAUUUUUUGUGGAACUCUGUAUGAAUCGUGUAUUGAUAGAAUUGGAGUGCGUACAUACAAUAUAAGUCCAAUUCUCUCAAGUAAACAAACCAUUUCGUGCGUUUACUUUUCAUUGUAUUCAUAUUCUAUAUCUGUUUUACACUUUUUAGUUUGCACUUGACCAUGCCUACUCAUAAAUUUUAGUUACCGUCAACCUUCCGAACUUUAAUUACAUUCAAGGAUUCAAAGUCAUAAACAUUUCCAAUUUUUAUGUAAAUUCCCCAACUUAAAGUUGCUUUUACAUUCUCUAAAUUAGAAUAUUCAUAAUUUUAAAGAAGAUACAGUGCAUAAUAUGCAUUUAAUACGUAAAACACAUGUAUUAUAAUUAAAAAGAACAUACUGGUAUUUUCCUUAGUUGUUAUAAAUUUUACAAUUACCUUGUAUACCAAAGCUACUCAAAGCGUAACUAAUUGUAUUAUUAAGUGUAUGAUUAAUGUAAUAAAUUAUUGACACCUGUCGUUGAUAUUGUAAGCUGAACACCAAGAAGUAGGUACCAAAGAACCAAACACCGGGGCCACGGAAACCCUUAAGCCAUUGUACUUACCAAAGAUGUAAUUGUAAUAAAUUAAAAUGUUUACAUUU